UAGUUUUAAAUACAGAUAUCCAGUAUCUGGUUUUACAUAUAUAAGGAUGGGUGUCUGUUAAAAGGGCAAUCACCAUUUUCUUAGCCAUAUUCUUUACCAAUGGCGCUGUGUGUUGUGAGAUCAAGGCGAAGCCUAGUGACUCCAUCUCAGCAAACACCAUCUGGCAAGCUUGACUUGUCAUUCAUUGAUAAAGUGCCGGUUCUAAGAUGCUAUACCCGCACAUUGCAUGUAUACAAACAUGGCCCUGAAGCAUCAAAGGUCAUUAGGGAAGCUUUGUCCAAGGCCUUGGUGCCUUACUAUCCACUUGCUGGACGGCUAAAAGAGUCCGAUAACAAUCAGCUUCAGGUUGAAUGUUCGGGAGAAGGUGCCUGGUUCGUCGAGGCAUCAGCUGAUUCUAGCCUUCAUGCAUUCAAUUACUUCGACGAUGCUAAUUUUGACAUUCCUUAUGAUGAACUUCUUCCUGAUCAAGUUCCUAACAGUGAAGGCAUGGAACCUCUUGUACAAAUGCAGGUGACACAAUUUGCAUGUGGAGGUUUCGUCAUAGGGUUAAUAUUUUGCCACACCAUAUGCGAUGGCUUAGGAUCUGCACAGUUCCUAAACGCUGUAGGGGAGUUCGCGAGAGGUAUGGAACAUCUAAGCGUUGAACCGGUGUGGAAAAGGGACUUUUUUCCAACUCCAACACAAGAAGCAAAUGUUAUCCAAUUGGCAAACUUGCCAGUGCCACCACCCCCGAUGCCUGGCAAGCCGCUAGAGCAUGUGAGCAUUGAUAUUUCCAUGGAUGAAAUCAAUCAGCUAAAGAAACAAUUCCAUGAAUCGACGGGGCAAACUUGCUCUGCUUUCGAAAUCGUGGCUGCUAAUUUUUGGAGCCUUCGAACAAGAGCAAUAAACUUGAAGCCAGGUACUGAAGUCCGGCUUCUUUUCUUUGCAAAUUGCCGUCAGCUAGUGGAGCCUCCUUUGCCUAAAGGCUUCUAUGGCAACUGUUUCUUCCCGAUAACAAUCACAGCUCCCUGCGACUUGCUUAAACAAGCAUCAGCAAUCGAAGUGAUUAAACUGAUACGAGAAGCCAAGACUAAGCUACCUUCUGAGUUUGGUAAGUUCAAGAAUGGAGAUUACUUGAGAAAUGGGAAGGACCCAUUUCUAGCACCUCUAGGGUACACCACCUUGUUUAUAUCGGAAUGGGGUAGGUUGGGGUUCAACCAGGUUGACUAUGGGUGGGGCCCCCCGGUCCACAUGGUUCCAAUUCCGGGCUCUAGCAUCAUCCCUGUUGGCAUCAUGGGAUCGCUGCCAUUGCCUAGAAAGGGAGUCCGCUUGAUGACAUGGUGUGUUGAGAAAGACCAUACCCAGCCCUUCGUUGAUCUGAUGACGAAACUAGUCUAACAAGUUACCAGUGCUUGAAGUCUUGAACUGCUAUUGCUUUACCCAACGCCAAUGUCAAUAAAACAACACAGCGCCACCACAUGUUCAAAACAUUUGUGCUUUUUAUUUAUUUGUAUUUGGUAUAAUCUUCAAUUUGAUCUUGAAAAUCUUCUUCUUAUUAAAAUUAUCUCAUUCACUUGUGGUCAUUUUCAAAUAAAAUUAUUAUUUCUCAAUAAGUAAA